CUCUUAUUUCUCUCUCUAAAGUCGUUUUCUUUCUCCUCUCUAUCUAAACUCUCUCUCUAGAGCAGACGGAUCAAUCCAUCCUCUCUCUCUCUCUAUAUAACUGUUUUCUGUACCCUCUCUUUCUCAGAUUGGAGAGGUUUUAAGCGCGGUUUGUAGAGGAGCAUGCGUUUUGUAGGAUGCAGGGGUGUGGUGUAUCGAGGAUAGGGUUGAGUGAUCAGUGAACCAUGGCAGAGCAGAGGGCUUCUGUUGAGCUCUGCAAGGGCGUCAAUGGCCUCGAUAAGGUCGUCUUAAAAGAGGUUAGGGGUAGUUCAGCCGAGGUGUAUCUGUAUGGCGCUCAAGUGAUGUCUUGGAAGAAUGAUCAUGGUGAAGAGUUACUAUUUGUCAGCAGUAAGGCCAUUUUCAAGCCUCCAAAGGCCAUACGUGGAGGGAUACCGAUAUGCUUUCCUCAAUUUGGAAGUCAUGGAUCUCUUGAGCAACAUGGUUUUGCAAGGAACAAGGUUUGGAGCAUUGACACUGAUCCUCCGCCCUUUCCAACAAACAGCUCUAAUAAGGCAUUUGUUGACUUAAUUCUGAAGCCAACUGAUGAUGAUUACAAGAUUUGGCCUCAUUGGUUUGAAUUUCGUUUACGGGUUGCUCUUGGUCCUGGAGGAGAUCUGAUGCUGACAUCCCGCAUCAGAAACACCGAUUCAAAGCCUUUCACGUUUACAUUUGCAUAUCAUACUUAUUUCUCUGUCUCGGACAUCAGUGAAGUUCGAAUUGAAGGAUUAGAGACACUCGAUUACUUUGAUAGCUUGAGGGACAAGGAGCGGUUUACAGAGCAAGGAGAUGCAAUUACAUUUGAAUCUGAGGUUGAUAAAAUAUAUAUCAGCACACCAACCAAGAUUGCAGUUCUGGAUCAUGAAAAGAAGAGGACAUUUGUCUUUAGGAAGGAUGGACUUCCUGAUGCUGUGGUUUGGAAUCCAUGGGAUAGGAAGGCCAAAGCCAUGCCAGAUUUUGGAGAUGAUGAAUACAAGCACAUGUUAUGUGUGGAAGCUGCAGCAGUUGAAAAGCCCAUCACUUUGAAACCUCGUGAAGAAUGGAAGGGCAGGCAAGAGCUCUCAGCUGUUCCUUCCAGUUACUGUAGUGGACAGUUGGAUCCUCAGAGGGUACUCCUAGGAUGAUGGCGAACAAUAAUAUGAUCGGUGCAUCUCCAUCCAGGAUGCUCAGUAUUCUACUGGAACAGGAGUUAUAUUCUCUGUCUACUGCACUGUUAUUGCAAUGGGAUUGAAUUCCAUACUCUAUAUUGGUGGCAUUGUGCAGCUCCCUGUGAGCAAACAAAUGUUACUUAGGCUUGCUGGCAGGUGAAGUUGAUAACUGUUACUUUUACCCGUCGAAUAAUCUGUUUCAUUUUUUCUUUUUCUUUUUCUUUUUUUGAAGUAUUUGUUGUGAUAUAAAUCUGAAGAGCUCAGACCUGGGUGGGCAAUCACAUCUUUCUAUUUUUACCUUUUUUUUGUGUCCCCUUAUACUUCUUCUCUCUUCACUUGAUAAUAACAUCCUUGUAUGAUUGGGAUUGUGCAUUUGUAACCCUUGAAAGAGCUUUGUGGAAGUUGUCUA